AGAGAUAAUAUCCAGGAGAAUGUUGACAUGAUAAAAUUACAACGUGAAAUUAAAGAAAAAGCGAACAAGUUGCAAGUAGUGGAGGCGAAAUAUCUUAGUCUCAACGAGGUACAUACACUACAAAUUAUAAAAUGUGGAUAUAGGUGAAUUUUAACCAUUAAUAAUCGUAUGGUGCUGGUAUAGGUAGAGUAAAAUAAAAGAGCAUUUGUUACGUCUUCGUUGGUACAAUAAAUACAUAUUGUGUAAAAUGUUAUUUAGAAUUUAACAAAGAUGAAAGAAAGUCAUUCUCAAGUCUUGGAUAAUAUGGAUAAACUGAAUGAGAAAUUGAAAGAGGUAUACUUCAUAAAAUAAUUUUUACCCCGCAAGUCACAAGUAUUUUUUUAUAAGAAAAUAAUUAAGGAGUUUACUAACAUAGUGAAUUGCCUUUGUUCACAACGUCUAAGUCCAUGUUCUUUUAUUUGUUUUCAAGUUUUUCAAAAACAAACCACAGCAGCUUAUUGACCAGUUCUACACGUUCUGUACUUUAUAAAGUUCAGUUUGUCUGUACUGUAUAAUAAUAGUUUUACAUACUAGAAAUUUUGCUUCGUUUUUUAAUCAGGAGCAAGCUAAAUGUGUGAUGUAUCAAAAUGAAUUGAAAAACAGCGGUGUAGCAUCAAGAACUCUUGUGGAGGUUCGUACAGUUCGCUGUUUUUCCGACUGAAACACCUCUUCAUAAUUAGCACCUUACUCUAGUGGUUUAUUGGUUUGAAUUUCAUUCCAAUAUAGCAACAACAACUGAUUGAUGAUCUCAAAGCAGAGCGUGAAAUUUUAAAACAAGCUAACGAAAAUCUUGUUAAAAGGUACAGAAAAACUAUCAAAUGUUAUAAACAGUAUUAUGUAACGUUCAUAUGUUUACGGGGCAGGGGGGAGGGGGCUGCCCCCAGAUUGUUGGGCAGACUAGCCCUGCAGUCGGGCAAUAUUCGCUUCACAGCCGGGGGAAAUAUGCUAUAUAAUAGUCAAAAAUGGAGAAAAAAUAUAAACGUUAUAAUAAAUUAUUAUACAUUGAUCUAUUUUCCAGCGCAUUUGACUCGGACAGAGAGAGGCAACAUCAAGCCCUCCAGAGACAAUUAAAGGUAACUCGUAUUAAUCGAGUCUUUAUCAAUUUACUGUAUAUCACUGAUAAAGUCAUUCAAUGUUUGUUUUGAGUAAAAGCUUGCAUAAAAUUUUUAAACCUUACCACAAUAUCGUCGUUGGCAUUGGAUUACCAAGGUAAAACAGUUUCUGGUUCUUGAUACACUUAGGUUGAAAUUGCAACUCUUGAAUCGACAGUAAAAUCAGAAUUGGAAGAGAAGAACGAGAUCCUGGAUCAAUUAAUGAAAGAAAGAGGUAUAAGGAUAAAACAAAUUUAAACAUUAGCACAAAAAAUCUUGAGCGGCGUGUUGGUAGCCAAGUGAUCAGUGCUGGUGUCUUUCACCUGUGUGAUAAUGUGAUAUGUGAUGUAUGUAUGUAAUACUGCUGUCAUUUGUAGAGUCGAAUGAAGUGCUGCAUCAGGAAAUUCGAGAUCUUAAAGUAAACCACUUUUCCUUGAAAGAGAAACAUGACGAAGUUUCAGAAAAGAUGAGGGUCUUCACCAAGGUUUGUUGUAUAGUAAUUUGUAUAAUUAUAGGUUAUCAUAUGAGGGGCAAGAUGAUAUCGUCCCUCAAGCAAUAAAACUGAUAUCGCCUCUUGUUUAUUAUGUACUUGUGCCUUUAUCACGGUCAGAAUUUAUUAGAAUGUUAAUCAUUGCUCCAAUGCAACAAUUAUUAAAAUAGCGGGACAAAAAGCGAUUUCAGUUACAAAAAGCGCUAUAGUGACAAAAAAACGAUAUCAGUGACAAAAAACGAUGUCAGUGACAUAUCGUUUAUGUUACCCUGUUAUCGCCCUGAUCAGGCACAAUUAUAUGAUAAUUGUAUUUAUUAAAUUUUGGUAAAGAUACAGUGUCUAUUAGACCGUGCAUGAGUGAAAAUGUUUUGAUGCUUUCAGGAAAGUGCUGUGGAUGUUCAGGAACUUGAAGAAGCUCUGACGUUGAUAAAGGUAAAGUUUUGGUCGAAAUUGAUUGAAGGGAAAGGAGCAAACGCGUAUAAGCAAUUUAAUAACGGCGUAACGUUCGCUUUUGCUAAAGACACUGAUUCCUUUCUUCUCUGAUCUUUAUAAUUUAGAGAAGAAAAGAGACUGGAAGUCAAGAUCUCGAUUUUUUGGAGAAAGUCGACGAAGGACUUGAUAAAGGUGUGAUAUUGUAAUGUUUAUAUUGCCGUAUGAGCGUUGAACAGUAGUACACGAUGGGUUUCAUUAUGUUACGUGGAUAUUUAUUUUUAUCAGAUGCUCAAAAACGUAUCCAAGAACUACAGAUAUCUCACGCUGACACAAUCAACGAGCUUGAGAAGACAAGAAAUAUGUUGGUUCUACAACAUAAGAUAAAUAAAGAUUAUCAAACUGAGGUAAAACAACGGCUGGUGGUGAUGGUGGUGAACUUGGGUGUUGCUGUUCUCACUCUGAGUAUAUCUACACUGCAUGGCCAAGCUGCAAAAUUGCUUCACUGCGGUGGGAAUCAGCUUGCUUGGUGUGGACACACUCAGAGUAACAACAGCAAAAAAUGAAUUAAAGUAACUUAAUAUGCUCCUAUGAUCAGAUCGCACAUCGCUAAUGCAUGGUCAGCUAGAUAUGUGCCAUCGGCUCAAGUUAGUGUUGCAAAGGCUUCUCUGAAUAACAUUUACUUUCCGGUAAAUGUACAAUAUGGAUGGCUUUUUCUAGCAAAUCUGCCUAUACUUGUCCAAACUUGCAACCAUAAGGUAACUUCCACUUGCCUUGCCAAUUUUUACUCGCCUUGCCAAUUUUCACUUGCCUUGCCAAUUUUCACUUUUUGACUUGCCAAUUUUCACUUGCCCUAUUUGCGACUAGUCAAGGGUAAAGUUCCAUCCCCCUGCUAACGAUAAGACGCCGUGAGGAUAAAGUUAUUUUUCUCACGUGAAGGUGGAGAGAGUAUCAAACAAGAUGGUGGAAGACAAGAAGGAAUAUGAUCUUCGUCUUCAGGAAUAUGCACAGCUCUUGGAUAUUAGAGCUGAGAGAAUAAAGGUGAUUUGCCUUUCAAGAAUCUUGCUCCACUUUUGUUUUUGAAAAGAUUUUUGAAUCGUUUUAUGAGUUAGUUAUAGAAGUCAUCCAAAAAUUAAAUGUUAUUUAUAAUGGAUUUUUUUCAGAAACUUGAAUCUCAGAUGCGUGAUGUUGCUUAUGGUACAAAACAAUAUAAUGUUGUUACCGCGCCAGAGGUAUGAACUGCUUCCAUACACAUCUGCCAGAUCAAACUGACCUAUCCCUGAAGUUGUUUAGUCUUUUUCUAGGGAUAGUCACUAUCCAUUACUUUUUAUACCUUUUAGGAAACAGAAUAUGAUGACGAGACGAGUAGUGUUAACCUGGAGAGAGGAGAGAAUCUCUUUGAGAUUCAUAUAGGAAAGGUAAGUUUCCCUUUAUUCACUUUAGAGUGUUUUCUCCUUGUACAAUGUCAACGGAGUUUCUCAGUAUUUGAAAUUUUGGUUUUCUGGUUCAGGUGUAUUUAACAGGAGAGGCUGCGUCAUCUUUUGAUGGAUCAGAAGCGAGUAGUUUUAUUACCUACGAAUUUUUCGAACAUGAAAUCCAAGCAACUCCUGUCAUGAAGGGAAACAGGUGCUGUACCUACAACUAUUUUGCCUAUCUUCAGGGUUAUCGGUGUUGACGAACUCGGCAUCUACUGCAUCAUGGUUGCAUGUAAAUGAACCUCACUGACUGGCCUUCUCUGGUCAGAUUUGUUUUCAGAAUCGAAGGGUGAAGAAGUCAGAACAAUGAGUGAGAAGAUUGCAUGACAUACAGUAGGAUUCUCAAAACAAUGAAAAGACAAUGAAACAUUUGAACAUUGGGAUCACUCGACCGUGACUGGGUGGUAUGGAGAACAGUGGGAUUGUCAAAACAAUGGAACAUUCCGAUCGCGUGGAUGAUGCUGUUAUAAUGCAAAGUGUUAUGCAAAAGAGCCUGUCCAGAAUAUUGUUAUAAGUUCGUUUCUUAAUCUUUUAGGAUGGAUUUCAACUUCACCUCACUGUAUGUUGUCAAAGUGGACGACUUCUUUCUACAUUAUUUGCAGAAGGUAGUCUAUUUAUAAAUGGCAAAUUUCACUAAAAAGGCAAUAAUUAUUGGUUUUCAAGCACAAUUCUAUCGUCGAGCACCAGGGCUUUCGUAAUCUUUUUAAAUAAGCGGCUGUGAAAGAAAGUAGCCGGCAGUGAACCUCAUAACAUCCUCCGGCUUGUUUUGAAAGCCCUGGAAUACUGUACGUUAUCAAUAAUUAUUAUCUUGACAUAGGAAUCAACAAUGGUGGAACUACACAGAGCUCUCGGAUCUUCAUAUGAAACAGUGGCAGUAUGUCAACUGAAACUGAGAGAGUUACUGGAAAGAUCUCAUGGGCGAUUACAUGGGACUGCAAAACUAAUAGGUUGGUAAAUGAAUACAGCAAACCAUGUAUUAAUUGGGCAUCCACAAAUGGUAGAAUAGUGUUCCAAAUUAGUUACCGUUGCACUUGAUUACAUUUCGUUUUAGGCACACAAUCUUCCAAUGAAGGAACAGAGGUUGCGACAAUGGAGUAUUGGGUACGAUUCAGAGUUCCGAUGGAGCAAGCUAUACGAUUAUUUAAGG